UUCCCUUCACUUUGACAACCAUAUCCGAAUGAAGCAGGUUCAUUCAAAAUGCGUAUAAUAAGUUCUAUCAUGUAUGUAUAUUAGUCCUUGAUAAAAACAGCUUUAAGUGAUCACAAACUACAAAUUUCAUCACCACAAUGUUGUUUUCCAUCAAUAUCUUAAGAAACCUUCUCUUUGUUUGCAUCCCUUGCUUGCUUGGCCUCUCAAUUGAAAAAGUUAGCUCUAGUAUUCCUUUCCAUUUCUGCUCAAACACAACAACCAAUACUACUCUUAACAACACCUAUCAAGCCAAUCUCAAUCUCCUCCUCUCUACACUGUCAAACGCCAGCACAGUCAACAGAUUCUAUAACUCUUCAGCUGGCCAUGACCCUCCCAACAUAGCUUACGGCCUCUUCGUUUGUCACGGCGAUGCCACCCCCGAGAUGUGCCAAGAUUGUGUGGCCAAUGCAAAGCGAGACAUAGUACAGAUGUGCCCAAAUGAAGAAAUAGCUCAAAUUUGGAAAGACGAGUGCUUGUUACGUUACUCGAACCGAUAUAUCUUCUCCGCCAAGGAUACAUCAUCAACAAAAUGUGUGUGUAAUGCACAGAAUGUCACGGAAGUAGAGAGAUUUAGGCAGGUGUUAGGAGACACACUGGAAGCCUUGGCUACUCGGGCUGCGAAUCAUCAAUCAGGUUUGAAGUUUGCUACUAAUAUAACAAAAUUCAUGGCGCAACAAGAUCUGUACAGCCUUGCAGAAUGCACACCAGAUCUAUCUGUUGCUGAUUGCUCUAAGUGCCUCCGAGAAGCCAUCUCGUAUCUUCGAAGUCACUGCAAGGGAAGCCGAGGGGGACAAAUUAUGUUUCCGAGCUGCAGUUUUCGGUACGAGUUUUAUCUCUUCUAUAGGAUCAUAGGGAGCCACCCUCCCGUGCCAGGUAAAGUUGGAAUCAGUACAUCACUAAUAAUUGUUGCUAUUGCUGGUCCAAUAAUUGUCAUGGUGAUGCUUUUAAUUAUUGGCUUCUGGUGCAAAAUGAGGAAAGCAAGGAAGAGAGUCGAUGCUAUAAAUAAAACGAAUGUUGCAGAUGAGAUGGAAACAGUGAAUUCCAUGCAAUUUGAUUUGGGAAUGAUUGAAGUGGCCACAGACAACUUCUCUGAUCAUAACAAAAUUGGUGAAGGCGGAUUUGGUGCUGUCUACAAGGGAACACUGCCUUACAAUGGACAAGAGAUAGCUGUGAAGAGGCUAUCUAGAAGUUCCGGACAAGGUGCAAAGGAAUUUAAGACUGAGGUUGCAUUGGUAGCCAAACUACAGCACAGGAAUCUAGUGAGGCUGUUGGGAUUUUGCUUGCAAGGAGAAGAAAAGAUACUCGUUUAUGAAUUUGUUCCUAACAAAAGCCUUGACUAUUUUCUAUUUGAUCCUGAAAAAAGAAAACAAUUGGAUUGGUCAACACGUUACAAGAUUAUAGGUGGCAUGGCUAAAGGAAUUCUUUAUCUUCAUGAAGAUUCUCGACUUAGAAUUAUACAUCGUGAUCUAAAGGCUAGCAAUAUACUAUUAGAUUUGGAUAUGAAUCCUAAGAUUUCAGAUUUUGGAAUGGCGAGGAUCUUUGGCAUGGAUCAAGAUCAAGGGAAGACAACUAGAAUUGCCGGAACGUAUGGUUACAUGUCCCCAGAGUACGCAAUGCACGGAAAAUUCUCCGUAAAGUCAGAUGUGUAUAGUUUUGGAGUCUCAGUAUUGGAGAUUAUAAGUAGCAAGAAGAAUAGUAGUUUCUUCCAAUCGGACAGUACUGCUGAGGACCUUCUGAGCUAUGCUUGGAAACUUUGGAACGAAGGGACUCCCUUGGCAUUGAUGGAUCCAACUCUGGCAGAUUCAUAUUCAAAGAAUGAAGUCAUCAGAUGCAUCCAUAUUGGCUUAUUGUGUGUUCAAGAAGAUGUGGAUGCUAGGCCUUCUAUGGCAUCUAUAUUUUUUAUGCUCAGUAGUGACUCGGUUACUCUACCAUUGCCUCAACAACCUCCAUUCAUUGUUCAUAGCAGAACAGAGUUGGGCAUUCCUAAUGUGUUUGAGCCGUGGUCUUUGAAUGAAGCAUCAAUUACUGAACUAUGUCCAAGAUAAAUGUUAAAUGUUCUUGCAAUCAGGGAAGGGUAUUUAGGGAAAUGAAAAAAUAAAAUGUAUUUUUACUGUAAUGCCCAAUAUACUGUUGUCUAGCGUAGAACAUUUGGUUUUGUUACAGGAAAGCUGAUCUUAAAUUUAAGUGCAAGAGAAGGAAUCAAUAUUACUGUCUUAAAGGACAAUUCCAUUUUUUAUCCUGUCUUGUAUUGGACGGUUUUGACCUGCUUCUUAAUUCAAUUUGAACAGUUAAUGAAUUUGGGUUUUGACUGCUCUUCCUUUAGAUCGAUUCUCAAAUGUUGGAAUAUCUCCCCCUCUUAUUGCAGACCACCUCCUCGGCCGCCAGACUCGUUCACGGUGGUUUAGCCGCUUCUAUGUUACCAUCGGAUUGUUUUGUAGUGACUCCAUUAACAUCAUCUUACAGUUAAUGGUAGUUACCUUGUUUUUUAGUUCGUCCCAAUAUUGCGCUUGUAUGCUGCUGCCUAUGUGCUAGCCUUUUUUCUCU